CUAGACUCCCUCCCUUACGCGCCCAACGCUGCUUUCAACGCACUAGAGAAAGGAGACGACCCUCUCUGCAUCCGUGGCACUCGAGUCGACGUCCUUAACGAUAUCAGGAAAUGGAUCGAUGGAGAAGACAAGCGGCAUAUCUUCUGGCUGAGUGGCUGGGCAGGCACCGGAAAGUCCACAAUAGCACGGACAGUUGCACGGAAAUACUAUGGCAAAAGUAGACUAGUCGCAAGCUACUUCUUCUCAAAAGGUGGCGGCGACACUGGCAAUGCGACAAAGUUCGUUGGUACAAUCGCAAGGCAACUGGCGGGCAAAUUACCCGAGUUCGAGAGACUGCUCCGGAAAGCCCUGUCGAAGGACAAAGACAUUGUCCAUCGCGUCCUAAAAGAUCAAUGGCAGGAACUCAUUAUUACACCGCUAGCGCAACUUCCGGUCGACUCGCUCCCGUCGCCACUAAUAGUGGUUGAUGCGCUAGACGAGUGCGAUACUGAGAGCAGUAUUAGACAAGUGCUCCAGCUUCUGGCCGACACAAGAAAUCAAAACCGACAACUGCUUCGGAUUUUGAUUACAAGCAGACCUGAAGUACCGAUCCGGGAUGAAUUCUCGCGAUUCCUACCGGGUGAACACCAACUCAUAUUACAGGAUAUAUCGAAGUUUAUCGUCGACCAAGAUAUUUCGAUUUUCCUAAAGCAUAACCUCGCGCAAAUUAGCCCAGAAGACGAGAUAGUCGCGCAGCUUGUCCGAAAAGCUGCGGGCCUAUUUAUCUGGGCUGCAACCGCCUGUCGAUUCAUCUGCGAAGGCCUUUGGUUUUGGACUGCAAUUUUCUGUGGCUUCGUUCGCGAAGGACUAAUUGUUAAGCAAUGGCUACAAACACUUGUUAUGAGCAAUACCACGCCAGAAGAUCAUCUCGACGCGAUCUACUUGACUGUUCUCAACAGCUCUCUCCACUCAAGGUUUUCUCCACAGGACAUCACCGACUUCCAUGGCACGGUAAGAGACGUGCUGGGAAGCAUGGUCACCCUUUUCUCCUUCCUUUCGGUCAAAUCAUUGAGUAUCUUACUCUUGAAACCGGAGAAAGACCUUACCUGGACGAUGAAAGAUCUUCAUGCUAUUCUAGAUUUUCCAAAGGACAAUGCUUCAGCUCUUCGUCUCCAUCAUCCGUCGUUCCGGGACUUUCUUCUUAACAGAGAAAGGUGUCGCGACUCGUACUUCUUGGUAGACGAGAAACAGGCACAUCAGAUGCUAGCUAACAAUUGUAUACGGCUUUUGUCGACAUAUCUGAAGCAGGAUGUCUGCAAAGUGAACUCUCCAGGUAUGCUUACGGCCGGGGUUGAGAGAAAUCAAGUAGACCAGUGUCUUCCGCCAGAGGUCCAGUAUGCAUGCCACUACUGGAUCCAACAUCUUCAGAAGAGCGGUGCUCAGCUUCGCGACAAUGACAAAGUACACCGUUUCCUACAGGAGCAUCUUCUCAACUGGCUGGAAGCGCUAAGCUGGAUGCGGAAAGUCUCUGAAGGGAUUAAUGCUAUUAAUUCUUUACAAUCAAUUGCUCUGACCAGCGACUGUCCUAGGCUAUACGCGUUUAUCUAUGAUAUAAAGCGAUUCGCUCUAUAUCACAGGUCAGCAAUCGAGCAAGCUCCCCUCCAAAUAUAUUACUGUGCACUUGUGUUU